AAGUUUGAACCCAAAAGUGUGAUUCUGUGAAGCACAUGUUGCAUGUAUGUGCGUUGUUGAAAUUGUUAAAUAAAAUUCCACACUUUAAUAAUGCCACACGGAAAAAAUAAAAGAAAGUCGGUCGUUGAUGAUGAAAGUGCCCCUAAAAAGUCCUCUUCGGGAACAGCAUGCAGCAGUAUCGUUCCGUCAAAAGUCAUAGGUCAAGGAGUUGAAAAGCUCAAAAGUGUUUGGCUCAACCAGGAAAACUAUUCAGACGAACUACUAAGCCUGUGCAGUACACCGUUUCAGCAUGGUGAGUGCAAAUCAUUUGUGGAUAAUGAAGAAUUCCUUGAAGAACUGUUGGAAAAGAUGGACACCUUUGAGUUUCAUCUCAAAGAAAGCGAUUUGUUCCAGUUUCGACAAUCGGAUGACUUGAAGUCAUUUGUGGAUCCUCACAUUUACAUUUUAAUGGAAUAUCUUACAAAUAGUAUACUUCCUUGGUUGAAGGAUGUGACUGGACUUCCACUGAAUGGAAGUAUUGAUUUGUUCUUGUCUGACUAUAGAAAAAAUGAUUUCCUACUAUGUCAUGAUGAUGAACUAGAUUCCAGAAGAAUUGCAUUCAUUUUAUAUCUCAAUAAAACGUGGAAAGCGGAGUUUGGUGGAAAACUGGAUUUAUUUUCGGCCACAAAAGAUAUUCAUCCUAUUUCCGUUGUGAAAUCCAUAACUCCAGAAUUUAACAAGUUUGUAUUUUUUUCCGUCGGUGCAACAUCAUUUCAUCAAGUAAGUGAAGUUACUGAAGAGGGUGUAAAACGGUUAGCUUUAAGCGGAUGGUUUUAUGGUGACCCUGUCCCAAGACCUAAAAUUGAGUUUCCAAAAGAUCAUGGCUAUUUAUUGAACGACAUUAUGACAUCACAUCCGGAGAUAAUCACUCAAUUUUGUUCCGAAAGCUAUUCUGAUGAGUCAACUUUACAAGAUAUUAAUGAACAGGUCUCUGAAGAAUCACAAGUUUUAAUCCCAGGAUUUCUGCAGGAUGAUGUCUAUAAAGCUAUAUGCAUUGAUAUGGUUGAUCAAGAUGCCACAUUUGGAAAGUUUGUGCAAGUGGGGCCACCAAAUAUGGCAUGUUACCAAGAAAUGGACAAAGGCCCUCCCGUACUUCUAUCAGCAGAAUUAGGCCAAGCUGCACUCUCCAAAAAUGUUCAGGGACUUCGCCAGUUAUUCCAUUCGAAAGAAUUUUUUCAUUUAGUGGAAAAGGUGACAGAACUACCGUUCACAUCGUCACAACUGCUUAGAGGGACAAGUUCGAUAAGAAAAUAUGCUAAGGGUUCGUACUCACUUUUGACAUCGGGAGGGGCUAAGCAGACAGGUGAUGUCAAAGAGAAAGACGAUGUCACACAGAAUACAGAUUCUGCUGCCGAGAGUAAUGACGUUGGAGAUUCUGCUGAUGACGAGAAUGAGAGUGACGAAGGUCCCAAUUUGGUUGACUUUAUAUAUUUUGUUUCAAGUAAAUGGAACGAAAAUUGGGGAGGAUUGACGAUUUACAACACAGAUGAUGGAGAUCAUCUACUCACUGUCUCACCUGAAGGAAAUUGUUUAGCAAUAGUGGUCAGGAAUUCUUCUGUCAAUUCAUGUGUAAAUUAUGUUAAUUGUGAUGCCGGAGAAGAAGUGUAUUUUGCAUUCACCAUGACAUGUGCUCUAGAUGGAAACUUGUAAUGAGGUUAAUAAAUCCAGACUGAUGAAAAUUUA